AGUCUAAACCGACUUAGGGCCUGGCCGAAAAAAAAAAGAAAAGAAAGAACCCGACUUAGGGCAGUCUCCUUCUCCUCUAGAUAUAAAAGAUUACAUUGUCAUUGCUUUCUCCCAUCUUCACCUCUGCCGCCUUUCAAGAUUUCGAGGGUUUAUAAGUUACUGUUGAAAUACCCAAGCCGCCAAACCGAAAAUGGGUCUCCAAAACGACAUCGAUUUGCUCAAUCCUCCAGCAGAACUUGAGAAGAAGAAGCACAAACUCAAGCGUCUAGUCCAGACUCCCAAUUCCUUCUUCAUGGAUGUGAAAUGUCAAGGCUGCUUCAACAUAACAACUGUGUUUAGCCACUCUCAAACUGUGGUGGUGUGUGGCAAUUGCCAGACUGUUCUCUGCCAGCCUACAGGAGGUAAAGCUAGACUCACCGAGGGGUGCUCUUUCAGGAAAAAGGGUGACUGAUAUGGUUUUUGUCAAAAUGAGUUUCACAAUGGGUCAAUUUGGCUCAUCCUUUUGUUUUGAUCAUCAUAUAUAGAGAUAGAUAGAUAGAUACAAGUGAGUUUUGUUGGUAUGUUUUAAGGAUUUGAUUCGGAUGUUGUUGCUUGAUGGUUUUAAAUCAUCAAGUACGGAUUUUUAUUGCUGCAAGUAAUGGUUUUGAGUUGCA